UUUGCCAUCUCCAAUGCUCUUGACUUCUUUUGAAGAUGUUUCUAAACAGUAUCACUCCUUUCCAGCCUGCAGAACUUCUCUUAGCAUUUCUGUACUCCACAUUGGCUGGCUGUGUUUAGAGGAUGGCUUUGAAGACUACGGUCCGGAUUGUGACAGCAUGCGGGUGACAGCCUUCUUGGACAUUCCAGGCCAGGAUAACCUGCCUCCCCUCACUCGCCUGGAGAAGUACGCCUUCAGCGAUAACGUCUUCAACCGUCAGAUUAUCGCCAGAGGGCUACUCGAUAUCUUCCGAGACUUCAGUAACGAUGAAGAAGAUUUCUUAACGGUCAUGGCGAUCGUGGUCAGAUUGUCAGAAGAUGCAGAGCCCACAGUGCGGACUGAGCUGAUGGAACAGAUCCCUCCUGUUGCUGUUUUUUUGCAAGAAAACAGAUCGAAUUUUCCAAUGGUGUUCUCCGAAUAUCUUAUACCUAUUGUUGUGCGGUACCUCACCGACCCAAACAAUCAGGUUAGAAAGUCCAGUCAGGAAGUGCUCCUGAUUCUCCUGGAGCAAGAUCUAAUUUUCCAGCACGAUGUGGAAAACAAAGUGUGUCCGAUCCUGCUGGCACUCUCGGCCCCAGACAGUGACGACGAAUACAAAGCGGAAGCCGUGAACAUCAUCUGCAAACUGGCGUCGGUGCUGAGCCGGAGCACCGUGGAGCGCCUGCUGCUGCCCCGGUUCUGCGAGCUGUGUGGUGACGGGAAGCUCUUCCAGGUUCGGAAGGUAUGUGCUACACAUUUUGGUGAUAUUUGUCACGCCGUUGGACAAGAAGCCACUGAGAAAUUUUUGGUCCCCAAGUUUUUUGAGCUUUGCUCAGACAGCGUUUGGGGGAUGCGCAAGGCCUGUGCGGAGUGCUUCAUGGCAGUGUCCUACAACACGUCCCCCGAGGUCCGCAGAGCCCAGCUGUCCCCUCUCUUCAUCCAACUGGUCAGCGACCCCUGCCGAUGGGUGCGCCAGGCUGCCUUCCAGUCCCUGGGGCCCUUCAUUUCCACCUUUGCAAACCCCUCCAGGGCUGGCCUCUACAUUCGAGAGGACGGCACCCUGAGCAUCCGGCCGCCGGCCCAGGGUGCGGAGUCCAGUUUCAGCUGCGGGUCGGCCUGUGCCGGCAGCUGUGUUCUCGCCACCCCAGCCGGUUCAACACAGCCGGGACAGACAGAGCCACGCCCGCCCGCGGGAGGCCCGUCAAGGGACACCAGCAGCUCCCUGCACGGCAGGAACUCUGACGGCCAAAUGGAAAACCCGAUGGGAGACUCCGGGGUGACCAGGGUCUUCUCGAAGCUCCCUGAGAGUAACGACCUCCCCAUCAACGGCAGCCCUGGACCCGAUUCCCAGGCCUGCCCAGGGAGUCCUGAGGAUGUAUUUUGUGAUUUCCUUUAUUGGCGAACUCCUCUCCCUGACAUCAGCCAGGACUUGGAGCUGCUUCUGAGUGGGACUGGGCCGCAGGAAGCAGGCUGCUGCCUCCCCGAGACUGUGCGCAGCAGCUGUGUGGCCAGGAGUGAGAUUCAGAAAGUCCUCGACAGUUUGCAGGAGCACAUGAUGGACGACCCGGAUGUCCAAGCUCAAGUGCAGGUGCUGUCAGCUGCGCUGAGAGCGACACAGCUGGACUCUGCGAGUGAGCCCGCGCGCCCGCGGGCAGGCGGCCUGAGUGGAGCGUCCCCUCCAGACCCCAGCCCUGCCUCCGGCGGUCCGCCAGUGCCGGCGGCCUCGUCCCCGCAGAGGGAGCCCUCUGUGGCCAGGAUAAUGCAAACCACCAAUCCAGGCAGUGGUCCUUGCAGUGGAACCAGCGGCCCCCUGGGGAUGGAGCAGAGACCUGACCCCGCCCCACUCGAGGAGAGUAGAUCAAAAUUACAGGAUAUAAUACCGCAGCCCCUGCUGGAUGAAUAUGUGUCGAUGACCGACCCAGCUCGAGCCCAGACUGUGGACAACGACAUAGCCAAGCACUGUGCCUACAGCCUCCCGGGCGUGGCGCUCACGCUGGGCAGGCAGAACUGGCACUGCCUGAAGGAUACGUACGCCACGCUGGCUUCUGACGGGCAGUGGAAGGUCCGGCGGACCCUCGCCUUCUCCAUCCACGAGCUGGCUGUGAUUCUCGGGGACCAGCUAACGGCUGCUGACCUGGUUCCCAUCUUCAACGGAUUUUUAAAAGACCUGGAUGAAGUACGAAUAGGCAUUCUUAAGCACCUGUAUGAUUUCCUAAAGUUGCUUCAUGAAGACAAGAGGAGAGAAUAUCUUUAUCAGCUUCAAGAAUUUGUAGUGACCGAUAACAGCAGGAAUUGGAGGUUUCGAUAUGAACUAGCAGAGCAGCUGAUACUGAUCUUGGAACUCUAUAACCCCAGUGAUGUUCACGAUUAUUUAAUGCAUCUUGCCUUGAAGUUGUGCGCAGAUAAAGUUUCCGAAGUCCGGUGGAUCUCCUUCAAGCUAGUCGUGGCGAUUCUGCAGAAGUUCUAUUCAAGCAGUGAAAGUGCUUUGGGGCUGAACUUCAUCAAUGAGCUCAUCGUGAGGUUCCGGCACUGUUCUAAGUGGGUCGGGAGACAAGCUUUCGCUUUCAUUUGCCAGGCAGUGGUGCGUGAGGAGUGCAUCCCCGUGGACCAGUUCGUUGAACACUUGCUCCCCAGCCUUCUGAGCCUUGCCUCGGACCCUGUGCCCAACGUCAGGGUGUUGCUGGCCAAAGCUCUGAGGCAGACGCUGUUGGACCGGGCAUACUUUAGAAAUGUCGGUCACCCUCAUCUUGAAAUCGUUGAAGAAACCGUCUUAGCUUUGCAGUCAGAUCGGGACCAAGAUGUCUCCUUUUUUGCCACCCUGGAACCAAAGCGGCAGAAUCUUCUAGACACUGCCACGCUGGAGAAGCAGGAUUGAGUGCCCCAGUCGCUCAGUCUCCUUCUCCAUACUUGGCGCGCAUCUCUCACAUAACUGGACCUGCCGAGGGAGAAAAGGUUCUGAAACUGACACCAUGCAGUCCAAUGACCCCUUGCCCACCUGCAGUCCUGGGACUGCACCUGGGUGGGUGCCGGUUCCAGGUGGCCGGGCCCGUGUCGCACUUCUGCACCCCCCCCCCAUCCGGAGUCUGGAAGGCCACAGGACGGGCGGCUGGGCUAGCACGAGCAGUAGUUCUCUCUAUUUUAGACUAUUAUUUAAAGUGCCUCCCUUCCAAAUAAAGUAGUUUAUUAGGAGUUUUUCAGUCUUUAAUAGACUUGCACAUUUGACUCCCUUAUGCCUUCCUAUAAAAUAUAGUUUAUGGUAUUAUAUUUUAUUUUUAACUGAAAUGCUGUACAUAUGUAAAUAACUCUUGACAGGAAGAAAAGAUAUUAAUGUAAUAUUAGCCUCCUAUCAGUGAACAAAACAAAUACAUCAUUUAAAUUUAUGCUCCACUUUGAGUUGCUGCAAAUAUAGCCCAAUUUGUUUACUUUUGAAAAAUGUGAUAGUUAAAGAAACCUAGUAAAGAAUGAUUUAUGACAAGCUUUCUAACGUUGUACGUUUGUUAUAAACUGUUGGGAACUUUUCCGCAUCCCCUCCCCUUCCUGCCGGACUGUAGCCAUGAAGCUAGUAGUGGCUUUUGAGAGAGGCAGGAAGCAGAGACUUCAUGCUCAGUGGCUGUUUGGAGAACUUGGAGAGAACCGGUCACUGAGAUGCGUGGACUGGCCUUUCCGCCCCACUGCUGCAGAGUCAGUCGUGACAGAUGGAGCCGCAGCUCCAGGCAGCCCCUGGACGUGCCCACACACCGGUGGUUUGGGGAUUAAAUUAUGAUCCUCUUCAGAUUGGGCUAAGUGUACAGGACUUAGAUUUCGUGCUUUUACAGUUUGGACUAAGGAAGAUGCUCUAGGAUUUAAACAGGUUUUUUGUUAGUGAUUCGAGGUUCUGCAAACAUUUGAUUAAAGUCUGCAUACGUGUGUGCUCAUGUUCCUCGUCUCCGUGCGGAUAUUCUCAGAGAUGGUCGUAAAGAAGGGAGGGCUGCCCAGGGUGUCCGAGGGCACAGCAGCUGUGUCCAUUUUUCCCUUGGGGCUUUUUCUUGUCUGUCUUUUUUUUCUGUUUUAAAUAAGUUCUCUGGAGCCGUAUUUUGAAUUUCUGGGUGUCUGGGACGCUCUCUCCCCCGCCCCAGUUCUGUGGAGCUGUUUCUGAACCGGGGGAGGCCUCUCUAGCACACCGAAGAGAACAAGGCACGUGUUUGGGAAUCUCAAAGUGUGACCGGGGUCGCAUUUUGACAACUUCAGCAAAGAGUGGGCUAAGAAAUCAGAGGCUACAUAUUAAGGAAAAAAAAAACCUCAAUCCAUUUUGUGUUCAGUUCUUGCUACAACAAGUAGGUGGGAGGUAGUGUUUCGCUUCAGUAACGAGUGAUUUAAAAUUGUUUUUAUUGCCUAGAAAUUGAGAUCGUCAUGUUGUGAAAAUCUGUUGAUCUAGCAGCAGGUAGAAUUACUCAACUGGAAUCUUGUAUUCUGUGCAGAGUGUAAUUUUCCAUUGAGGAAAAGGAUUGGCUUGUGUUUGUGUGGCGACCUGUGGAAUUUGCUGCGUCAAAGGCUUGUCACCAUUCUAGAGACCCUUUCGAUAAUCCAGCCUUGACGACGUCAGUUGAUAUGUUCCAAGUUUUCUGAUAGGAAUGCCUUUCCCAUGCAAAGGUUUUGUUUAGGACUAAUUUCUCUGCAUAAAGUAUGUUUAAAGCUCACAUUUUAUUCUUUCUUUUUGUAACCACUGAACUGACACUGACGGUCCAGGCUCCCUGUGCGUGCUCUGCUGCUGUUCCUCCCUCACUUCAGCUCUUUGCUAUUAACUGUUCACGGGUCCAGGACUGGAGAGUUUGGGAUUCGACCUCACGGGGAGCCUCCUAUUUACUUGAACGCGGGGCGUCCUCCCUGGUGAACGAACAGAGAAGCACACAGUGGUUUCUGCAGACUGAGCCCCCGGAAAGCUGUCUGAGCGAGUGGACUUGGCCACGUGGCACCUCUCACCCCGAGAACCCCAGAGUGUUUUCAGAAUCGAUGGGUUUGGAUGCAGCUUUGCAAAUUUCCAUGAAGGUCUGCCUCCCACUUCCGAGUGGCCCGGUGUCGGGUUUAUUUUAUUUUUACCUUUUUCACGAAAUCGGCCCCAGACCUGCCGAAAAGAGCCGUUUCUGCCG